AUGUCCAAAUCGUCGGCCACUUCCACCGCGUCGUGUCCGCCACUCAAACCCGACGACUAUUCCCACAGCCCGGUCCACUACGCCGUCGUUUUAGCAGACCACACCACUCUCUCCCGAAUCGUCGCCGCCCUUCCCCGACUCGCUGAUCCCACUCAGAUCCACACAGAGUCCGACUCGCUCUCUCAUGAACGAACCGCCGACCAGAUCUCAGCCGUACUCGACCGCCGCGACGUCCCCUACAGAGAAACGCCCCUCCACCUCGCUGUACGACUAAACGACGCCGUCUCCGCCAAAAUACUUGCCUCCGCUGGCGCUGACGUCUCCCUUCAGAACUCCGCCGGCUGGAACCCCCUGCAGGAAGCCUUGUGUCGCCGGAGCUCCGACAUAGCUCUAAUUCUCCUCCGCCUCCACCAUCGCUCCGCUUGGGCCAAGUGGCGCCGCCGCCUGCCCCGUGUCAUUGCCGUGCUCCGCAGAAUGCGAGACUUUUACAUGGAGAUCUCGUUCCACUUCGAAAGCUCGGUCAUUCCCUUCGUCGGUAAGAUCGCUCCUUCCGAUACGUACAAGAUCUGGAAGCGCGACGGGAACUUGCGAGCCGACACGUCGUUGGCCGGCUUCGACGGCCUGAAGAUCCAGCGCGCCGAUCAGAGCUUCCUUUUCCUCGGCGACGGCGAUCAAAGCCACGACGUUCCCUCGGGAUCGUUACUCGUCUUGAAUCGCGACGAUCGGAAAAUCUUCGACGCGUUCGAGAACGCAGGGUCUCCGAUGAGUGAGUCCGAUAUUGCCGGUUUCUGCUCCCAAACGAGCGUGUAUCGGCCCGGCAUGGACGUGACCAAAGCCGAGCUCGUGGGAAGGACCAAUUGGAGAAGGCAGGAGAAGACGGAGAGCGUCGGAGAGUGGAAAGCUAGAGUUUUUGAAAUUCACAACGUGUUGUUCAGCUUCCGCUCUAGAAAAGUCGCCAAUGGAGAUGCUGACGUGGCAGGGAGCGAGCAGGUGCUUCCUCUUGAGCUAGACGAAGACGACGAUGGGUUUUUAGUGGCGGAGAAUCCAAGCUUUGGAAUUCCGGACGGUCGGAGGCACAGUAGUUUUGUGAGGGAAGACAGGGAGUUCGCGGCAUUGGGAAGAAAAAGCGUCGACGUAUCGUCAAUGGCCGCGGCGGCGCCGCCAAGGAGGUCUAUGGCCGCUCCGCCGAGGAGAUCCAUGGCGGCAGCUCCUCCGAGGAGGUCCAUGGCGGCAGCUCCGCCGAUGAGGCCCAUGGCGGCAGCUCCGCCGAUGAGGCCCAUGGCUUCAGCUCCGCCGAUGAGGCCCAUGGCUUCAGCUCCGCCGAUGAGGCCUAUGGCUGCGGCGCCGGUGCAGACUAAAGAGAAAGAGUACGUGAGGAGCUUGAGGCCGUCUGUAUGGUUAACGGAGCAGUUUCCGCUGAAGACGGAGGAGCUGUUGCCGUUACUCGACAUUUUGGCGAACAAGGUGAAGGCAGUGAGGAGGAUGAGGGAGUUGCUCACCACCAAGUUCCCGCCAGGAUCUUUUCCGGUGAAGGUGGCGAUACCGGUUGUCCCCACAGUGAGAGUGGUGAUAACAUUCACUAAGUUCGUCGAGCUCCCGCCAACCGAGCAGUUCUUCACUCCAAUGUCAAGCCCCAGACAGUUUAUCCACGAAGGACGAGGCCAGCACCAACAUCUACAGCAGGAGGAGGAGGAGGAGGAGGAGCACAAGUACAAGUCACAGAAACCAUCAUCCUUGUCGUCGUCAACGUCAUGGCUGAGGCGGAGCAGCAGCCAGUCGGGGUCGGGGAGCAAGCAGAACCACCAGCCCCAACGCGGUGCUCCACCAGCGGCGCAAGACUCGUCCGACCCUUUUGCCAUUCCUAGUGGCUAUACGUGGACAAGUAUCGAGGACAAGUCUCGUAAGAUGAGGAAAUCCAAGUCCAUCAGGAGAUCCAAGUGA